ACAGUGUUUUGUGAGUUGGUCGAGUUUAAUUGCUGCUUAUUCAGGCUAUUUAGAGAGCAAAACAAGGGAAUCGUAUAGACGUAAGUUGAAUGUAAAUUUUUUUAGAAAAAUAAUAUAACAGAAGAAAUAUCUACAAAAUGCGACCGUAAUGGGGAUAGGUUUGUUCAUUUUUUUCUCCGUGUUGGGUGUUCUGUUGGUUGCAUUGGUGUUUGUGAAUCUAAUUGCCAAAAAAUAUCUAAAUAGUGAUUUCACAAAAGCCAAAAAGCAGGACGAUGAGGAGAUCGAUCAACCAUUUCUAGAGUAUGAGGAGGAGAUCAGUGAAACGCCGCGAGAAGCCAUAUUGAAAAAAUAUGGCUACCAAAAAAACGAGGAUGGUGUUGGAGUUGGCACGGAAAGGAGAGUAGCUACUGAAGGAAAAGUUGGAAUGUUGUUAAAGCAAGCUCAUGCUUAUAAGCAAUACACAGAAGAAACAGCAUUAGACAUUAUGGCGGAAGAUCAAGAAGAUUUCGCCCAGCAUGCCACCUUAAAACUUUCUCUGGAAUAUGUAGCAAGCACCAGUUGCAUUGUGGGAGUUAUUCGCUCAUUGAAUGGUUUGAACAUUUUGGAUAAAACAACACCGCCAUCCAUUAACUUUCAUAUUAAACUAAAACCCAGUAAUAGAUUUCGUAUAAAGACCAAGUGGAAACCGCUAGCUUCAAGCCACGCUUUGACUCUCACCUUUACAAUGGCUCCGGUUUCCACGCACGAAUUAAAAGAGGAAAAACUAAAUAUUAGGCUGUACGGAAAAUCGGGACUACUUUCAAGACCAAAGUGCCACGGAGAAUGUUUUGUAAAGUUGGAUGAACUCGAAGGUAAAAAUAAGCCUAUGGAAUUCGCUAAACAAAUAUUACCAAAGGCAACGCCUGUUAUACAGGGGGACGGUUUUUCAGGCUCAGAAACAGAAUAAUUAAAAGAUUGCUGUUUUUUAAAAACCUUAUAACAACACGAGAGGCAUCAGCAACACUAAAACCAACAGAAAAACGCGCAGAUGAUUGAUGUUUUGGCUUAUCACUCAAAGUGUUUACUGAUGAAAGGACAUAAAAAGCACAAAGUUUUCAUUUUUUAAUUCUUUAUUAGGUAAAUAUUGAUUGGAUAAGAAUAAUAGACUCUGGGCAAAUUCCUUUUAUGUCUCGAUUGCCACAGUCAGGUUUUAUUUGGCUGAGUUUAAAUUAGGAAUUCUAUUAUAUCUGAAAAAAAAUUUGUGGCGUGUCACCCAUUUUUACUCGUGCAUCGUCUUCGUUCCCAGUAGCUUUGGCUUAGAAUGUCAACCUUGUCCCCAGGGUCUUAUGGCCCCUGAGCCGUUAUUAAGGAGCAAUUCAUUAAAAAAGCGAAAUACUCUGGCAACGAGCUUAUGAGAAUGUUAUCACGAGGCAACAAAGUUGUCAUUGGAAAUAUGUGCUGGGAACAAGGUUGUUCGUAUAGACAAAAAUUUUCAAAAAUAUUUACGCAUGCUGGCGUAACGAAGGUUGCAGUUCUGUGGAAUUUCCAUCCUAAUAACUUUAAUUUGUAUCAUCAUUAAAAUGUUUUAAAGUUCAUCGUC